CUAGACGAAUCGGCCGAAAUCAUAGUGUGAUAUACGUAACAUUUUAAGUAGUGUACGCGACAAAUGAAUCGAUCGAUGAUAUUUUGUGUACGCUCGAUCCUUCGAGGAUCGCGUGGGCGUCCUGUCUUCCAAGUCUGUUGGCCCACGCUCUUCCAGAGACUUUAUUUAUGCGUUCUUUUCAACUGUAUCAUCUCAAUCGUGUAUUGACAAGGAAAACAAUGCUUCGAAACAUUUCAUAAUUCCGCUGAUGUCCCUUUCUUAUUGACAAGUUUCGAUCGCUUUAGAACUGGUCGAUUUAUUGUCAGCUGGUUGAUAACUACUUUCUCAACGCUUACCUAAUGUCAACCGUGAAUCACGUUUCCUUCCUACUACACGUCCCUGACGCGCUCUGUUUUCCGUUUGACUGCGCCGUGUUUGUUUUCAUAGCUGCAACAACUUCCAAUUAUUCGGAAUUUAAUACUUAGGAAAAUUUCUAUCGCUAGUACGCGUCGCGUUCCUAUGAAAGUCAUGCAAAAACACCUGGGAAGUAGGGAAAGUGGUGGGACAUUAACGUGUGCUGGAUGUCUCAAUGCAAUUGAUGAAGAUGAAUUCAUACAGGCACUAAAUCAAGAAUGGCAUAUCGAUUGCUUUCGGUGUUCAGCAUGUGAUGUUGGUCUAUCCACAUGGUACUUUGAGAAAGAUGGCUUACUGUUCUGUAAGGAUGAUUAUGGGGCUGCCUAUGGUGAAGCUUGUCAAGGUUGUGGCCAAAUCAUUACAGGUCCUGUCAUGUUGGCAGGAGAUCACAAAUUUCACCCAGAAUGCUUUGCCUGCAACUCCUGUGGAGCCUUCAUUGGAGAUGGAGAGAGUUAUGCACUAGUUGAGAGAUCCAAGUUAUAUUGUGGGAGUUGUUACAAGAGACAAAUGCAACCAAUCAAUAGGACAGCUAAUUGUCCGUUCUCAAGAAAACCACAUAGCAUCAGAUUGGUUGAGAUACCUCCAAAUUCUUCUGAUCCUGAGAAACAAAGAGGAAUUAAAUUGACAUUAGACACAACUCCAAAUCCCCGAAAUUGUGGUGCUUUACUUCGCAUAUCUGAGUUAAUGAGAAAUGUUCGUGGAAAAAUCAGUAAGCUGCUGGCCUCUGUGAUGGAGGUUCUAUUUAGACUAUGCUGCCACUUCUCUAAUCAUAGACUGAAUAUGUCCAGUGAUCUCAUAUCUUUGCACAUCGGUGACCGCAUACUCGAAAUAAAUGGCACUCCGGUUAAGGAUCAGCCUAUAGAGAGCAUUGAAAAUCUAAUACAACAUUCCGACACAGUUUUACAGUUAACCAUUGAGCACGAUCCGGACGCAGUGUCUCGACGUCCCGCAUAUUCAUCGCCGACCGCAGCGAUGUUAACAUCGAUUGCAAGUCCUAGAACAAGUCCCGAAAAUAAAGAACGUCUAUUUAAACGCCGGGAUGAAGGAUAUAUCAGUGGGACACGAAGUAGACAAUUGCGGAGGACCAGGGAUCCUAUGCACAAAGAGCGCAGUAGCUCCAUGUCGCGACUGCUUGACGGAUCUUCGCCCACAAAUCCUACAUGUGACUUAAGCAGAACUAGAUCGUUUCGUGUCGAACCAAAGAAUCAAAGAAUAUUUCGCGCCAGUGAUCUAGUAAAGGGUGAACUGCUCGGUACUGGAUUUUUCGGGCAAGUGUUCAAAGUCACACACAGAGAUACCAACGAAGUGAUGGUGCUAAAAGAGUUAUACAGAGUAGACGAAGAAGCUCAAAAGAAUUUUUUAAAAGAGGUUGCUGUGUUACGUUCGUUACAUCAUAACAAUGUUCUCCGAUUCAUUGGUGUUCUGUACAAAGAUAAAAAGCUUCAUUUGGUCACUGAGUACAUAGCGGGCGGAACUCUGAGAGCUCUGCUUCAUGAUACGAACGAAAUCUUACCGUGGGAGCAACGGACGUCGUUUGCUAAAGACAUAGCCGCUGGCAUGGCUUACUUACAUUCCAUGAAUAUCAUUCACCGAGAUUUGAACUCGCACAAUUGUCUCGUACGCGAGGAUAAGACUGUAGUCGUGGCCGAUUUCGGCCUAGCCAGGAUAAUACAGAAUGGCAAUUCCCCCCACAGUCGCAAAUACAGCAGACAUUCCGACGGAGAGGUGAAAACAUCAAAGAAAGAGCGAAAGAAACGAUACACAGUAGUCGGGAAUCCAUAUUGGAUGGCGCCUGAGAUGAUGAAGGGCAACAAGUAUGACGAAAAAGUUGAUAUAUUCAGUUUUGGUAUCGUGGUUUGUGAAAUCAUUGGCCGGGUUCAAGCCGACCCCGAUUAUUUACCACGCUCUUCAGAUUUUGGCCUGAACCAAAACGUAUUCAAGGAGAAAUUUUGCUCCAAUUGCCCAGAAAUGUUUUAUAUGAUCGCCUUUCUUUGCUGCGACCUGAAUCCCGACAAGAGGCCACCUUUCGAAGUGAUGCAGUUAUGGUUGAAAGCGUUAGCAAAGCAUUUAUCAGUGGGUGCAGAAUUGCCAUCGCAUUUGGAAUUCGAUGUUAGAAACUACACAGGAUCGAGUACGAGUACGAGCGAGUCCACGACUCCAGAAACACUGACGCCACAAUUGAAGCCUAUUAAAGAAGGGCAAGUACACCAGGAGAAGAAACGAUGCAGCGGUUGUGACGACAGCACGCUGGAACGCGAAGAAACUGUGCCUAGUAGCAAUAUUCUUCAAGUGCCUGACGUGAUAACUCCUCGAGGAAGGUAUACGAGACAAAAUAGUAAAACGAACGAAUCAUCUGGAACCUCUGGUCGUUACUCGAGGCAAAACUCGAGGUCUAAGGAAGCUUCCGUCGAUAAACCAGACAUUGUUAUUUCUCCGGACUCUAGUGGAUUCACUGGCUGCUUUCCAAGGCAAACUAUCAAGUCGACCGAAUCGCCUGCUCAUUUUUCUAACGAUAAUCAGGAUUCGUACGUGAAAAAUGAAACGGAAUCUAAUUUGAAACGGAUACCUACUAUCGAAAAAAUACGGUAUGUGGGCAGAGCGAGUCCGAGCUCUUUGUCGGAUACUCUUGAAUACAUUAUCGAUAACAAGUACUCGUACAAAGUGAAUAAUAAUUUGAAUUCCAAGUCGGCGGAGAAAUCCAGUGAAUAUAAUUCGAUGAGUGGCGGCCACUCGAGAACGAAGUUGGAGGGCAAGUUCAAAAUGCCGGAUACGAAUUCUGUUAGUUCCUACUUGAGGCAAAUUGGAAAAUCAAUGAACGUGGUAGAGAAGGAAAGUAAAGUUGAUGGUAAGAACAAUAACGAUACGAAGAAGACUGUAGGCGAGACUUCAAAAUCAUCGGCAGGCUCUUAUCUCAGAAGGACAAAGAUUUCUCCCACAAAAGAGACGCCAAAGAAUGCAUUUUCGCCGCAGAAGAACAGUCAAUCCGAAGCUGGUACUUCGUUACAAUCAAAAGUAAGUGUAAGCGCGGGAGAAGUUACCGAAGAUGAGCCUAUCAACGAUAGGGUAACCAGGCAGGAAAGUAAUGUUUCGGAUAUCGGUAGUAUAUUGUCUAGGCAAGGAAGUCUCACAGUAUUAGACUGUACAGCCAAACACAAAGAUAAGAUGUAUAAAGAUUAUUCGCCUUUUAACACCUUGCAGAAGGAGGAUCUCCGUAAAGAAAGCAAUUUCAGGAAUAAUACUGCGCUUCAUUAUACAGAUAGUCUCUAUUCGAAUUCGAGUCUUUCCAAGAACGAUAAUUUUCUCUCGUACAAUACUCGAAAUGAGACUAAUGUAGAUAACAAAAAAGACUGCACCGCAUCCACCCAAAAUUGUACGAAUUUCGAAUCGAGUAACUCUAAGAAGACAGUAAUUGAAACGGCGCCGAUGUAUGAUGGAAAAUUACCUAACUCUUUAAACGAGUACACCGAAUGUUAUAAAAACGUGGAUCUAUGCAGGCAGCAUAGUUUCGGUUCCGACAGCGCAGUCGGUACCAUGAGAAGUAAUUUUUUCGCAGAUUUAGAUUUCGUUCAGUUACGAGACGGUAGGCAUACACCGGAUUUGUGCCAUACUCCUGAACGGUGUUGCACUCCUAAUCGGGCUGCGUCGCCGAUAGAGAGCACAGCUUUGUGAAGUUUCCACGCUAACAAAGUAAUCUAUCAUUCGUAACGAAACGAAUCUUUACUAAUCUCAUUCUCUUACGCUUAAUUGAAGAUCUGGUAAUUUAAGUUGUGUAGUUCUCAUUCUCAUUUUUCUAACUUCAAUAACCUUAAAAAUCAUAUAUGAUCAACACGAAGAGAAUCUUUUCCUUUUGCCGACUGUGUUGUAAUAUUGCGUGACAUCGUGUGAAAAAAUAUUAUUAACAACUUGAUGUCCAGUAUUAAUGAAUCUAAUGAUCAGUUUGUAUGAGUUUGGAAUCUAUUGUGAACGGCACAGUGAUGCCAUCUAGACGAACUCGCCCUAAAAGGUUCGCAUUCCUGCAAGAUCUUGCCUUGUGGUUCUCAUAAGCGGGAAUUUAUGUAAUUAUAAGACUAACGAAAGCAUUCCAUCCAGAAUUCUUAUCUGAUGCAUUCAGAAUCGAUAGAACUAACGUGUGCUUUUCAGAAAUGGUGUUCGUAAACGCACCGAUCGCGUGUUCCGCGAUCAACAAUUUUCAAAACGUGUUCCCGGGGACACUAAACAGGAAGUCUGGAUCGCUCCAGUUCUUUAUUCUCUGUGGAAAUACGGGAUUAUAUCGAAGAAGUUGUAAGCAUUACUGUAGAGUCAGUUUUGUAGAAUAGAGUGUAAAAAAAUGAUAUUCUUUACCGGAUAUAUAUGUACAUCAUACUGUAAAAUAUUAUCCACAUAUAUGAUGGUGGUGUGCAUGUACAGAUUAUUAUCGACAUGUAUAAAAUUUGAGCUCGUCAGUUAUAUCUUUGUUAUUCUCAUAGGAAAUAUAAUUUUCUUUCAUUGAUAUUACAUCUUUCCGCUUCUUAUGUUCUCGAUGCUAUGUUUAAUUUCAAAAUUACAAAAUUAUAUAUCCUAUAUUUUUAUUUAACUUAAAUGAUUCACACGUUACACAUACGCACGCAUACACAUGUCAGCAAAGAUAUAAGUGAUGAUAAAAGUAGUAUGAUGUGUAUAAUAUAAAAGAAUGUAAUAUAGUUUUGUAUAUACAUAUUCCAACAUUUCUCAUGUUCAAAACACUGUUUACAGAACAUAUAUUUAACAGUAAAAAGCUUUAUAUUGAUAAUGUAGAGACAAAACUUCUUUUGAUACUAUUAAAAAAAAGUUGUAUUUCUAUUCUAUUACAUUCUAAUCGUAAACAAAAUGUUCCCUAAUUUAAUCAAAAUAGAGUGAGUGGUAGAGUACAGGAUUUAAAUGACUUACAAUUGAAUUUUGAGUCUUAUUAAAAAAAAAGAACAAAAAAUACAAUUAAUAGUUUUUAUACAAAUUAAUUAGUAAGUUUUCGCACUUUGUGUUGCAUAUAAAAAUUUGUUCACUUUGUUACCCACGUUUCUUUCUCGUUCAGAUUUUCAUUAACGAUUGACUAUGCAUUAACAUUGUCUUCUUCCUAUUGGGAAAAAUUUUGAUUUAUUUGAACACUGUUGUUAUUGAAAGCACUUCGAUUCGUUACACCAAAUAAAUGUUUAUUAUCUGUGAUAAAAGGUGUUUUGAAGCUGUCUAUAGUUGAAAAAUCUCAAGUGGGAGUAGACUGAAAAAACGUUACUAAAAUAAUGGAACCCCAAUUCUUACUCUUUAAUGUAUAAGAAGAAAGAAAAAUUACUCGCAGUACUAAACUAAUAAUGUAUUGACGAAAAUAAAAAUGACAAAAAAAAAAGAAUGAAAAUUUUCCAGAUAUUAAUUUGAAUGGACAAUACGAGCAAUAAAUAAUACCAUAUUGUAAAACUUACAUUUUGAAAACGAGUAAUCAUCAUUCAAAAAAAUGAAUAUGUACGAAAACCGAUUAGAACAAAAGCAAGAGAAAAUGAUGUCCGAUUUAAAUGUUUAAACAGCAGACAAGUAUACAAUGUUUAAACAAAAGAUUUGAUGUAAAUCGUUGAAACAUUCGAGUGAAUUUUUAAAUAAUAAAGUUUUAAAUAUCUCUAUUUUUGUUUAGUUAAAUUCUUUGUUUGACAUUUAAAACGUUUGAAACCAUCUAAUUGUUAAAAUUGCAAUCUUUUAGAUUUUCAAGCUUCCGAACUACUUGAAUCAAAGAUGGUUGUCGUUACAGAACGAAUGUUUCAAAGUUACGAAUAAUAUCUGCGUAUGUCGAAUAUAUUUAAAGACAUUAGCGUAACAAAUAAUGGUCAACCGAGUAAUCAUGUAUGAGUAAUCGCGUGUAUAAUGUAAAACAGCGAGUAACACUCGUUGUAGAAUGAUUUUCAGCAAACAGUAUUAAUCUCGUUAUCGUUGCUUACUUAUGACUACCGUAGUACACAAGUAGGAAACUUUAUAGACACGCGAAGGGCACAAAGAAAGACUCUGUAAACUUUUGUAAAAAAAAAAAA